AUGAAGAGGUCUCCAAUUAUACCCGUAAUAAUAUCAGACAAACCCAAGAAUAAAAGGGCUAGAAAACAACAAAACACUCACGAGAAUUGCAGCUCGAAAGCUAACUCUGCUAGAAGAAGCUCCGUUUACAGAGGAGUCACCAGGCAUAGAUGGACUGGGAGAUUUGAGGCUCACCUUUGGGACAAAUCUUCAUGGAAUAACAUCCAGAGCAAGAAAGGAAAACAGGUUUAUUUGGGGGCUUAUGAUAGUGAGGAAGAUGCAGCACGAACCUAUGAUCUCGCAGCUCUCAAGUAUUGGGGCACUGAAACCACCUUGAAUUUUCCGAUGGAUCGAUACGAAAAAGAGAUCGAAGAAAUGAACAAGGUGUCCAAGGAAGAGUACUUGGCCUCCUUACGCCGGCAGAGCAGUGGAUUCUCCAGGGGAGUUUCGAAAUACAGAGGAGUGGCUAGGCAUCACCACAAUGGCAAAUGGGAAGCGCGAAUUGGUCGAGUUUUCGGGAACAAAUAUCUCUAUUUAGGAACUUACGACACACAAGAGGAAGCAGCAGCAGCAUAUGAUAUGGCAGCAUUGGAGUACAGGGGAGCUAAUGCAGUCACCAACUUCGACAUUAGUCGUUAUAUAGAACGUUUGAAGCAUAAAGGAAUUUUGAUUCUCGAUCAACCGCAAGGACAGAGUCCCGAAUCAGCCGAAGCUCGACCGAUAGAAGCCGAAGAAGUCGAACAACCGCAGCAUCAACAAGGAGUAGAAGAAGCUGUUGACAUAUCUCAACUUUUUCAGUACAUGCAAAUGCAGCUGCCUCUAUGCGUUGACAACACAACAAUGUUCGGAACGGAGACGACCGAUGGCAACGAGCUAGCAUGGAGUUUCUGCAUGGAUUCAGGGUUGACGUCUUUCUUCGCUCCAGAUUUCCCUCUUGAGGAAACCGGCGAAUUACCCAACUUGUUCGAUGAUAUAACGUUGGACGAUAACAUCGACUUAAUAUUUGAUCUGGGGCAUGAAGAUAACGCGGGUAAGUGGGAAUGGCCCGUCGGAUGA